AUGCAAGAUCCAAAUUCCGAGCGCCAACCAACUCAUACGUUGUAUAACUGCAUGUGUGAAUUUCGUAUUAGCACUGUUAAGUUCGUAGCACGGCACGGGGGUUGUACGCGACAGGCGAUUGAGCGUGAGUUUCGCCCUGUGGGGGCGGUGUGCUCUCGCGAGCGUCUGGCGAUGACUGUUAGUGCAGGCGAACAGUCGCAGUCCUCCGCCGCCGCGCCCCGCACCUCUGUGUGCGCUUUUUACGCACACGCCGGAGUGCAGUGCAAUUGCGCGCGAGUGUGGGUCGCGGCGUGCCAUCGAAUUGCAGCCCGCUGA